CGUUUAGUCUCGACGACGACGAAGACAUGGUGAUUCGAGACAUCACUCACUUGUGCCUUAUGGAGGGACGGUACCGUGUCGAGGUCAGCCACGUUCCGGUGGGGAACUGGGUUUUGAUUGGCGGUGUUGAUCUGUCGGUCCUGAAAACGUCGACGAUCACGAACGUAGACCACUCUGAGGAAGUCGAGAUUUUCUCGCCGCUGCUCUUCAACUCGGUCCCCGUCAUCAAGGUGGCGUGCGAGCCUCUCCAGCCUUCGGAACUCCCGAAAAUGCUCGAGAGUACAGUUUCGCCCAUCCCCUUGUCCGCCUUCUCGCUCUUCUCUUGGCAUCUCUUUUUUCGCAUUUCUCAUCUUGCACGCUCGUGUGCGUCGCGUCUUUCUCAUCGCCGCGAC